AUGUCUCUCAAAACUAUUAAGUACGAAGGAAAAGAGGUUCCCGCCGAUGGAACUGGUGUUGUUGAGCUAGACCCUUGGCUAGGUCCUUUCAAAGAUGAUCUCCGUCGCCGCUUCACCAGAGCAGAUGAGUGGAUCACAAAGUUGAACGCUCAUGAAGGCGGUUUGGAAAAAUUCUCUAGGGGAUACGAGAAUUUCGGAAUCAAUGUCCUUCCUAACGGCGAUAUUACUUAUCGUGAAUGGGCUCCAAAUGCAAUCAAUGCAUCUUUCGUUGGAGAGUUCAACAACUGGGAUAGAAAUGCCAACAGAAUGGUGAAGAAUGAUUUCGGUGUUUGGGAGACCGUCGUCCCUGCUGUAAACGGACAAUCCGCUGUCCCUCAUAACUCCAAAAUCAAGAUUGCUUUGGAAAUCCCUGGUGGUGAGGUUCUUUACCGCAUCCCUGCCUGGAUCAAGCGUGUUACCCAAGACCUUUCUAUAAGCCCCAUCUAUGAUGCGGUUUUCUGGAAUCCCAAGGAGAAAUAUGUCUUCAAGAAUCCUCGCCCAGAAAAGCCUAAGUCAGCUCGUGUCUACGAAGCUCAUGUUGGUAUCAGUACCACUGAGUACAGAGUUGGAACCUACAAGGAGUUUACCGCAAAUAUUCUCCCUAGAAUUAAGAAACUUGGAUACAACGUUAUUCAAUUGAUGGCUAUCCAGGAGCAUGCAUACUAUGCCUCGUUCGGCUACCAGGUUACCUCUUUCUUUGCUGCUUCUAGCAGAUAUGGAACUCCGGAGGAGCUGAUGGAGUUGAUCGACACUGCCCAUGGAUUGGGAAUUGUUGUCCUUCUCGAUAUUGUCCACUCCCAUGCUUGUAAAAACACAGAGGAUGGACUAAAUAUGUUCGAUGGCAGUGAUCACCUAUACUUCCACGAGGGUGGAAAGGGAAGGCACGAGCUAUGGGACUCACGAUUAUUCAACUACGGACAUCAUGAGGUGAUGAGAUUUCUCUUGUCAAAUCUGAGGUUUUAUAUGGAGGAAUAUAUGUUUGAUGGAUUCCGUUUCGAUGGCGUUACCAGUAUUCUUUACACUCACCAUGGUAUUGGGACCGGUUUCUCUGGUGGUUACCACGAAUACUUCGGAUCCAACGUCGAUGAAGAAGGAAUUGUCUAUCUCAUGCUGGCCAACGAGAUGCUUCACAACGUUUAUCCAAAAUCCCUCACAAUUGCCGAGGAUGUUUCCGGAAUGCCUGCCUUAUGUCUCCCACUAGCUUUGGGAGGUGUUGGUUUCGACUACCGUCUUGCCAUGGCCAUUCCAGAUAUGUGGAUCAAGCUCUUGAAAGAGAAGAAAGAUGAUGACUGGGACAUGGCAAAUAUCUGUUGGAUUCUCAUCAACAGACGCCACCAGGAGAAGACAAUUGCUUAUGCAGAGAGUCACGACCAAGCGCUUGUCGGAGAUAAAACUCUUAUGUUCUGGCUUUGUGAUAAAGAGAUGUAUACGCACAUGUCUACACUCACAGAUUUCACCCCCAUCAUUGAGCGUGGUCUUGGAUUACACAAAAUGAUCCGCCUGCUCACUCAUGCGUUGGGUGGUGAGGGUUACCUCAACUUUGAAGGAAAUGAGUUCGGGCAUCCAGAAUGGCUUGAUUUCCCGCGUGCUGGCAACAACAACUCCUUCCACUAUGCCAGGAGACAGUUCAAUCUUCCCGAUGAUCAUCUUCUGAGAUACAAGUUUCUCAAUGAAUUUGAUUCAGCCAUGCAAAAUACCGAGGGUAAAUAUGGAUGGUUACACUCACCACAGGCUUACAUCAGUUUGAAGAAUGAGAGCGACAAAGUGAUUGUAUUCGAGCGUGCUGGUUUGCUCUGGAUCUUCAACUUCCACCCUACGAACAGUUUUGCGGACUACAGGGUUGGCGUUGAAAAGGCUGGCACCUACAGAAUUGUCCUGAACACGGACAGGCCAGAAUUUGGUGGAUUGAACAGAAUUGAUGAGAGCACCAAGUUCUUCACAACCGAUUUCCCAUGGAACGGCAGGAACAACUUUACUCAAGUUUACGUUCCAACAAGGACCGCUAUUGUUCUCGCUUUAGAAGAAUAG